GAGAGUAGAGAGAGAGGGGGAGGAGACAGAGAGAGUGGUUGAGAUUCUGAUAGGAUUCAAACAAAGAAAAAAAGAAAUCAUCAUUUCGAUUUCUGUUAAAGCUCUGUUUGUCCGUUUUGCGUUUCUGGAUUCCAAUCUCUACUUCUCUUUUUAAUACGGAGUACUAUUCAAUCUGCAUAUGUUCUUCCAAGAAAUUACUGAAAAUCUUUGAGCUUGGAGUGUACACAUGGCUUCUGAGAAGUCUAGCUCGAAAGGGCAAGCAUGGUUUUGCGCCACUGGCUUGCCAAGCGACAUUGCGAUUGAAGUAGACGACAUGACCUUCCAUCUACACAAGUUUCCUCUGAUGUCGAAAAGUCGAAUCCUUCACGAGCUGAUUACGGAGCAAGAGACAAACCCUAGCGCUAAAGUCCAAACGACAUCAACAUCUGCCUCGGCAGCAGCGGGCCUUGAGUUCGAACAGGAGACGCCGCCAGAGGAUGAUGAAAUCCAGGAAGUUCAUUGUCAGUUAUCGCUCCCGGACUUUCCAGGAGGAUCUGAUACUUUCGAGAUGGUCGCCAAGUUCUGCUACAGAGUCAAGAUCGAGUUGUCCGCUUCAACCGUCGCCCCCCUCCGUUGCGCCGGCGAAUUUCUAGAAAUGACAGAAGAGUACUCUGAGGACAACCUCAUCUCCAAGACAGAGAGGUUUCUCACGCAAUCGGUGCUCAAGAGUCUCAGAGAGUCAAUAAGGGCCUUGAAAUCCUGCGAGCGCGUAAUGCCACUCGCCGAGAGUUUGGGUAUGACGCAGCGGUGUAUCGAUUCGAUUUCUUCCAGAGCAUCCUCUGCUGAUCCGGCUCUGUUUGGCUGGCCGGUGAACGACGGAGCCGAGACUCGCGGGACUUCAAAUCAGGCCCUUUGGAAUGGAAUCGAGAGUGCCGUGCGACGGAAGGGUGUAGGUAGAGGCACGAAUACAGAUUCGUGGUUUGAAGAUUUGAUACAGUUGAGUUUGCCAUUGUUUAAGCGUUUGAUUCUAGCAAUGAAGGAAAAAGAUCUGAAUCCAGAGAUUAUAGAGAGCUGUCUUAUCUACUAUGCCAAGAAGUACAUCCCAGGUAUAUCAAGGUCCAGUAGAAAGCCAUCAUCGUCGUCCAUGGCUUCUGAGAGCGAGCAGAGAGAGUUGUUAGAGAGCAUAAUUUCUAAUCUUCCAUUAGAGAAGAGCUCCGGAUCUGCCACAAAUACAAGGUUCCUCUUCGGACUCCUAAGAACUGCAAACAUUUUAAAUGCAUCAGAAUCGUGCCGCACUGCGUUGCAGAAGAAGAUUGGGUCACAGUUGGAGCAAGCUACGCUCGACGAUUUACUGAUCCCAAGCUAUUCUUAUCUAAAUGAGACUCUGUACGAUGUGGACUGCGUCGAGAGGAUACUAAGCUACUUCUUGGAUAACUUGCAAGAGAGAGACGCAACCGGAAUUGAAGGCGAACAUGGUAGUACCUCCGUCAGAUCGCCGGCUUUGAUGCUCGUUGGGAAACUAAUCGACGGUUAUCUAGCUGAGAUUGCUUCGGAUGCUAAUUUAAAGCCUGAUAGAUUCUAUAACUUAGCAAUUUCACUUCCUGACCAAGCAAGACUCUUCGACGACGGCCUCUACAGAGCCGUCGAUGUGUAUCUAAAGGCACAUCCAUGGAUUUCGGAAUCGGAGAGGGAGAAGAUCUGUGGCGUGAUGGACUGCCAGAAGCUGACACUGGAGGCGUGUACACACGCGGCGCAGAAUGAGCGACUUCCAUUGCGGGCGGUGGUUCAAGUUCUGUUCUUCGAGCAGCUACAGCUCCGGCAGGCCAUAGCAGGAACUCUGAUGGCCGUGGAAGCCGCACCGCCUGAUCCCGGAAGGCCGUCAUCCAUGCUGCGGGAGUUGGAGGAGUUAGAGGAAGAGGAAGAGGAGACCGGAAUAUCGGCAGUGGCAUUGCCGGCCCAGGAUGGCACCAGUAACACGUGGAGGGCAGCAGUGAGGGAGAAUCAGGUGCUACGACUAGACAUGGAUAGCAUGCAGACGCGGGUGCAUCAAUUAGAGAGAGAAUGCUCCAACAUGAAGAGGGUAAUUGAGAAAAUUGAUAAAGGGGGCCCACCUGGAUGGAGAGGGUCCUUAUCGAAGAGGUUUGGAUGCAAGUUCAAGACCCAGGUCUGUGAUUCUCAAGAAUCAACGGUUGUAGAUGCAAGGAAAGGCCGACCCCGUCGUCACCAAGACUAGUAUUAUUGUAUUUAAGUAAAUGCCACGCGGCACUUAUCUCGAUAGCCUGGAAUAAACAUUGCAGACUGGAGUAUUUUUUAUUUUUUUCUCAGGCCACUAAGGAAUUUUCAUU